UCGAUAUGAAAUAAAACUUAUAUUAAACUAGAAUAGAGUUUAUAGUUGAAAACGAUAAAUAAAGUAGUUGGAAAAUAAAAUAAACAAGCGAUAAAUUGUCAGGAGAACAGCGACACCCUUUCAUUGACUUUUAAAGCUAUUAUAUUCUCAGUAGGUUGUAUCUUCAUUUUAUAUGCAUAUAUGUAUGUAUAAGGUUAUAUGCUUGACAAUAGUAGGAUAUGGACAUAUAAAAUCAAUUUAUUUUAUCUCAUUGACACAUCUUUAUGAAACUUAUAUCCAGAAUAGUAGAUUGAAAAUUAUUUUGAUGAUAGCAGCUACUCUUUAUAUUCAUUGUCUCUAAAGCCAUUCUGUAUGUAUAUAUAUUUGAUAUACAUUGGGAUUAAGUUGUACAGACAGAGAGUGAAUAUGAUAAGUUGAGACAAUAAAAAGCUAUGUUUCAUGUUAAACUAAAAUACAAAAUAAACCAUCAUGUAUACACCAAAG